UAUCCAGCACCAGUCUCCCGUGCGCCUUUGCGCAAAGGAUAUGGACUUGAUCGCAUCACUCUCUCUCCAUUCCCAUACGCAUCAGCUGCACUCAGCAGCUCACAUGGUUCCCCAAUGAACCCUCGUCCUCACGGAUCGUCCAACAUACAAUGGAUUAACAGGAAAGACAUGAAUGCCCGCACAGAGGACGGCAUCAGCCUGUGCCAAAGGGCUCUCCAAAUAGUGACGGAGCUGUGCCUCGCCGGGCACGUCGACCGGGAGAAAUGCGCGGAUAUAUUUCCACUGGAGAGCAACAUACCAGGUAAAGGAAGUUCAGACAUCUCUGUAAGUCUCCUAGCUGUGGUCGUAGGUUUCUGUGGCCUCGCCCUUUUGGUAGUCUCUCUCUUUGUCUUUUGGAAGCUGUGCUGGCCCAUUUGGAGAAGCAAAGCGUUCUCAACCAAUGCUGACAACUGCCCUCAGGGGGUGCAAUCUGAGUCUCCCCCAGCCCCACCUCAGGUGUCUCAAUCCAUUUCUCCUUAUCCUGAAACCAAGACGGCCAUAUUCAUGGGAAGACAGCCGUCGCAAAACCAUCCAGAGGAUGAGGAGAAGAGAAAGGUGCCAGAGGUAAUGGUCAAUGGACGCAGCUCGGUUAAACUCCUGGAGGCAGCCAUGAAGAUCAGCCAGACGUCGCCAGACAUCCCAGCAGAGGUGCAGCAGGCUCUGCGUGACCGGCUGAGCAAGCAGGCCAAAAUCCAGCGCCAGACAACUGAACCUACCUCUUCCUCCAGGCACAAUUCUUUCCGCCGACACCUGCCACGGCAGAUGAAUGUGACCAGCGUGGACUUCACCAUGGACACUCUACCCGUCCGUCAGUCUUCUACAGUCAGCAUUGGCCGUAUAAAACCCGAGCUUUACAAGCAGAAAUCUGUGGACUCCGAAGAAGGUGCCAAGGAACCCGUGGAAGCGUGUGGAAAGCUGAGCUUUGCCCUCAGCUACGAUUAUGAGGAGCAAGCUCUCGUGGUUCGCAUUCUCAAGGCCCUGGACCUCCCCGCCAAGGAUUUCACAGGCACCUCUGACCCCUAUGUAAAGAUCUACCUGCUUCCCGAACGCAAGAAGAAGUUUCAGACGAGGGUGCACCGCAAGACGCUCAACCCAACGUUUGAUGAGGAGUUUUGCUUCCCUGUGGAGUACAGCGAGCUGUGCAAUCGCAAGUUGCACUUCAGCGUCUACGACUUUGACCGCUUUACAAGUCAUGACAUGAUCGGUGAGGUGGUGGUUGAUAACCUGUUCGAGCUGUCUGACCUGUCACGGGAAGCUGUGGUUUGGAAGGACAUCCUGGCCGCUACUACAGAGAGUGUGGAUCUGGGUGAAAUUAUGUAUUCCCUUUGCUAUCUUCCCACGGCUGGACGCAUGACCCUCACCGUUAUCAAAUGUCGCAAUUUAAAAGCCAUGGACAUAACUGGCUACUCUGAUCCAUAUGUCAAAGUGUCCCUCAUAUGUGACGGACGGAGACUCAAAAAGCGAAAAACAACCACCAAAAAGAACACGCUUAACCCUGUCUACAACGAAGCCAUCAUUUUCGACAUCCCACCUGAGAAUGUGGAGCAGGUCAGCCUGUCAAUCAUGGUGAUGGAUUAUGACAGAGUUGGACACAAUGAAGUCAUAGGGGUGUGCAGGGCUGGGCCAGAUGCGGAGGGUCUUGGGAGGGACCACUGGAACGAGAUGCUAGCUUAUCCACGCAAGCCAAUCACACACUGGCAUGCCCUAUGUGAGUGGCCAGGAAGAGCAUCGAGUUUUGAGAGUCAAGGAUCCUGUCCCUCUCCAAAACCCCCUCAGACCCCAUAACAACCUGGAAGUUACAGUCCUAAUUGCAAAACACAUCUGGUUUGUAUAGUUAUAGGUUAUAUUUUUUUGUAGUUGUAGAUUGUAACGUUGUUUUUUAUUUGAACGAGAACUAUACAGUACUGGUAUCCCUGCUACAGACACUAUACGAAGCAUCCAAAUCUCAGUUUCGCUUGCUUUAUUUUAACUGGUGCUGAGUUUAUAUGCUCCAAAAGUGAUAGUUUGCAGGUCACUUUGAAGCUGACAGUGAAAUGAUGUGGUUAAACAGUGAAGCCUCCUCUGUUUGACAUUUAAUUUAACGGUCAUAUAAAAUGACAGUGUUUAUUUUAUAUUAAUGAGCGGGUCAGUUCGGGUCGUUCCCCUCUAUGAUUAAAAUAUUUGAGAAAACGGAAGGUUAGAGAAGUGGAAAGAAAAGCCUUUUCAAAAACUCCAAUUUCUUCUGCAUGGAGGUUUUUAAUGUAAAAAAAAGAAUCUUUCAUAACACGAUUAUGUAACCAAAUAGUGAUCAAUGAUGUUACCAUUUUAUCAAUAUUUAUUUCUGUACAUAAAUAAGAAUAUUUCAAAAUAGUAGCAUAUUGAUUGAUUAUCAUAUUGAUUUUCAUCUACAAAGACAACAAAGGGCACAUUUCAAGUUUAGAAUUCAUAUAGCAGGACAGAGAGAGUUUGGAUAAAUCUUCAUUUAUUUAUUAUUCAAUAUCCUUUGGUGGGGGGUACUGUAAGUUAUAUUAAUUGAAAUAGCUUUGUUUGUUCAAAGUUGAAAACAUUUAAAGACCAUAUUGUAGUACUUUAUGGAUUAAUAGACACAAUUUAAAAGGAAGAAAAAAAAAACUAAUUCAAGAACCAUUCUCUCCUAGAAAUAAAAAAAUACAUUAUUUACUUUUAUCGAAUUGUUGCACAAAUAGUAUGCUUUUUAAUGUGAAUUAUUUGUUUAAAUUAUUGUAUUUGAAUGUCUCAAAGAUCAUGUCUGCACCUCUAAUUGAAAAUAAUCCCAUAAUGCUUUUACACAGAAUUAGAGGGAUGGGCUUAAGGAUGCACUUAAUUAAAAUUUCAGACAUAAAAUAAAAAAAUUGAAAAACUGAAGAAGAAUUUUAUUUGGAUAAAUGGUGGCACCGAAGGUCUACUAAGUUCAACUAAAAAUGAAUUGAAGUUUUCAAGGUAAUGGUCAGAUGGGAUUUACACAGUAGCCAGAUGUAGCUUGUUGUUGUUGUUUAAACAGAACAAACAUUGUAAAAUUGAUUCUCCUUAUUAAUAUCCAGAAUAAUAUAUGUAUCAAUUCAUAUGACGAUUUAAUCUCGUCAAAUAAAUGAAAUUCUUCUCAUGCAUUAAAUCCUCAUAUCUAUCUGUAUCUCAUAUCUAUAAACAAUCAUCCAUCUCCCUCUCCCUUUCUCCUGCCAUAAUAUUAUUGAUGUAUGAUUCAAUUUUAAGUGCUUAGAGGCAGUAUAAAACGUAGCAAACAAUAUUUCCUUAUAAUGACUUCUAAAACUCUCGUAAGCGAAAUAGAAUUGUGUUGAACGAAUAUAGUUUGAAAUUAGCUUGUAAUUCAGUAAAGGUGCUACAAAUUCUUUCAUGCAAAUGUUAGUGAAACAUGUUAUAUGCAGAUAACAGUUAAUCACUGUUGACAUUUGAUUAAUGAUGAAAAAUGAUGUGCUCUCUGUUGAAGAGAUCAAACACCUCUGAAGGGGUGAAAACGUCAUUUAAACAGAUCAAUAAUGUCUAAAGCAAUCAACGCUAUUGAGGAUUUUUUCUUUCAUGUAAGGAACUAAGCAAUGACAUGAUGCACUGUCAACAGCACUAAACAUCCAAAUUCAUGAAAUAUUCACUCAUGUGUGGUCAUUGAAAAAGGGUGGACAAUACAGACAAUGGAUAAACCUUAAUUUACAUUUAAUUUGAAUGAAAUUUACCUGUUAAUUACUCGCUGUUUUGGUUUGUUUUGUCAUUGCAGAGAAUCAGUAUUCCUCAUGUGAAAUCAUCCAGUGUCUGUUUAGUCAGUAUGCAAAUAGCAUCUUGAUAAUUGCACACCAAACAUUUUGAUGCUGGACCCCUUACGAUUGGGGAGAGGUGGGUUUACUGUAAGUGUUACUUGUGUGUCCAUAAGUAAUAAUGCAAUCAAACAUGGCAAUUACACAAAAGGCUGUGUACUGUUAACUUUGAUUUGCACAUUUAGACAGUGCUUCUACCCCAGAGCUCGCUCAGAGAAGCAGAAUAAAAAUAAAAUAAAUCAUUGUAGCAUGCUGAUACCAGUACCUAGAUUUUACUGAUAGCAUUUAAAAACGCAGACCUCUAUUAUUCCUGAGAAUUAUUAUUUUUUAUUGCGUUAUAAAUGGCCAGUGCCGACUUGUGUAUAUAUUUGAGAAUUUGAAAUUGUUAUCUUGUUAAAGUGCAUUUCUAUGGAUCGUUUGGUGGUGAUUUGUACUAUGGCCUUGUGAUCUUGAAUAACUUUAUACUCCAUUUGCAUAUAUUGUAUAAUGGCUUUUACAAUUGUAAACUUGUUUUGUUAGCACUCAACAUCCUGAGAUUACUUCUUGUUGUGCAAUUGAUAAAAACGCUUCUCAGUCUUUUUGUCAUACUUGCACCUGACAACAAAACCGCUAUUCCAUGUUGUAAUGAUGUGUACAGUUUGUGAUAACUUUUGUAAAAAAAAAUGCAGUAAAUAUUUGAAAUAUAAUUUUACGGGAUGUUUCAAAUGUAUUUUAACUAAGUAAACUCUGAAUUGUCUGAAAGUGUAUUUUACGAUGUGUCAUAUAUUGCAGUUAUUUUGGCUUAGAGGUCCAGAAUUAAAACUGAUCUACUAAGAAAAUGAGUUGGACAAAGUUUUAACUUUUAAAACUAGAACACGAUUGUACGUAUAUGGCUUCUUAGUUUGGGUAUUUAAAGGGGUGGUUCAACAGUGUUUCAUACAUUCUUACUUCUUUACAAUGUUAAACGUGCUGGCUUCUCAUGCUUAACAUGGUCAACUUGUCAAAAAACGAGUUGGGCGUAUGACGUAUAGUAUUUCUAUGUUUGAUACACUCCCCCAAGGUUUGUAUAGGUGAAAUUCAGUUACGUAACAACUUUUCUUAGUAUCUUAUUGGGCAGUUCUCCCGGAAAAGCACGCCCAUGCGUCAACCAGUGAGAGCGAGAGAAAGCAAUCGGCAUGUAUGUACAUCAACACAAACUUAUAGUGAAUUAACACUUAAGCAGGGAUAAUGUGAUUAUGUAUUGCGUGGUUGUGCUGUAAUGCCGCCCCCUGCACACCUCCAGGUGCCUGUUUUCUGAAAUAAUCAUACAGCUGUAUCUGUCUUUUAUAAAUUUGAUAAAACUAAAUACUCUUCGAAGAUACUAAGUAUGCGGUACUACUCUAUAGGUGCUCAAGAUUAAUAUGAGAUUGGCAGAAACUGCGUGCGUUACCUCCACUUUAAUUUUUUGCUAUAAAUACAAGUCACAUAUCUGCUUGAUACAAUUAAACAACAUUGCAAUUUUUUAUGAAUUACUUAAAGCAAUAGUUCACCCAAAAAUGAAAAUUCUGGCAUCAUUUACUCACCUUCUUGUCAUUUUAAACCUGAAUUACUUUCUUCUGCAGAACACAAAAGAAGAUAUUUUGAAGAAUAUUUGUAACCUAACAACAGUUUUACCCAUUGACUUGCAUUGGUUUUGUGUCCAUACAAUGGGACAAUGGGUACCGGUGUUGUUCAGUUACCAACAUUCUUCAAAAAAACAUUGUGUUCUGCAGAGGAAAGUAAGUCAAACAGGUUUGAAAUGACAAGAGGCUAAGCAAAUGAUGACUGAAUUUUUGAGUGUACUGUCCCUUUAAAAACAGAGGCACAUUUGGUUGCAUUUUUGGCUAAAAGCUAGCUCAAAAUAUUUCUUUAACAUCCUUAACCAGUAUAAUCAACACAUAACAAUGCCUAACAACCAGGUUUAAAUAUAUUUUAUUUAAAAAAAAAUGCAGGCUGGCAUUUCAUUUUGCAGUAUAGAAACCUCAAAAAUGGUAACCAAGUAUGUCUAAACUUAAGAAAAUGUCUAAUCAGUUUAUACAAGUGCCCUCCGGGUCCAUUAAGCAUAUAAGUGUGAAAUCAAACCCAUCAGAAGGGAAGACGGACAUGUCUUUCAAAUGGUGACAACUGAAGGUGAAAAGCUCUGCAUGCCGUGCUGUACCAAUUUUUCAGACAAUUUACUUAAUGGCGCCACACUGUUCAGAUGUAAUUAGGCGUUCUCUUAUAUUUAAUAAUUAAUGACACGAGAGAGAGAGCAAAAGAGGGUUUGAGCCUUUUAAGAAGAUGAAAGAUAAAAAACAUCAGUGGUUUGUCAAAGUACCUCUUAUUUUAUUCUCAGUCAAAAAUAUUUUCUCAAUGUGCCGUUACGGCCCAUUUUCCGUCACUGGAAUUAGGAUGUUAUAAAAGAAAACUCAACAUUGACUCUAGAGGAGAAACUGGACAUUUAUACAGAGAUAUGUGCAUCUGACUCACAUCAAGGCCAUGUUAAAUAAGAGACCAAUGGCUAUCAGUGGAAAUGGAAGCUCCAGAUGUAAUUGAAACAUCAUUCUUAACAUAAAAAGACAUGCUGCUUGAAAGAGAGAAAGCUUUCUAUCUUACCUCUGAGCUUCAGGCUGCUAAAAGGCGUCUCAUCAAAGCAUGGUUUACCCAAGGAAAGCAGGCAGCUGCUAUUUCCUUCAUCUCUGCGGAUAUCAAAGAGGUGUUUGCUGUAGUGGCCGCCAAUCCAUUCAGUGUUCUGUAGAGAAAAAUGGCAGAAAACCAAUUGGCUUUAAUAUUGAGUUUAUACCUUGUAAGCAUGAGAUAUAAAGUGUUAACACCCUACAGUCCAGAAGACUGCACAGUUAGCACAUGCAGGUUGUUCAAACUAUGAAGCAUAAAUAUGAAUAGCAUAAAAAAGGGAUAAUAAACAUAUAGUCAGUCAAUCAUCACACAAUAAACCCUGACUAAAUUGAGAUAUUGAUUUGAGUUUGAAUCUUAGAAAAAAGAUACUACAUAUAGUGCAAGGAGAGACUACCACGGUGUAGGAGACUGGUUGCCAGGGACAACGGUGAAAUACACUGUUUAGGUGUCAUUAUGCAAAAUAUUUGACUGUAGAAUGCUUUUUGCAGAGAGCCAUGCAAUAAUUCAUGAUGGUUGAUGCUGCUCAAUCUAUUUCAAUGUAACAGCAAUAAAAACAAUUCCACUAUUUACUUGGUGUAACAAGUGUUUUGCGUCUGUUUUUGUGACACGUCUAAAUCAAAUUCCCUUCAUUUGGUUUCUGUUUGCUUUUAUGUCACGACAAGAUCUGCUCUUGCAUUACAGGACCCAAACAACACAAGCUUUUAACUCAGAGAACAUUCUGGCACAUUCUAGAUUAAAUGUCAUCUCAACAAAAGCUGUGUAUUUGCGGGGGAAAUCUGUUUUCACUCUUCUUUUGUAAUAAAUUGUCUGUCUUCCAAUAGCUAUGGAAAGUUAGACGUAACAAGCUGCUUAAAAGCACAUGCACACAUGCUGACCACAUGUCCAUGAGGUCUUCUUAGAAAAUUGCAGUCAGCAUGUCGCCCGUUAGCAAAAUAAAAUCAAUAACAUAUUAUUCAAACAAGUGUCCAUCAGCAAUUCCCAACAUCAGUCAUUAGUAAAUAGCCAAUGUACUCCAGGCUUCCCUAAUAAAGGAAUGAUUGGACACUGGAGAUACCAAGGCUCUCACGUGAGCGGUUUUGGCUUCUUGUGAUAUCACCAGUGUUUCAGUCUCCUUAGAGCCUGCGGGACCAGCAUGUGUGAAUGCAUUCACCUUGUCAGGUUAAUUGUUGCCCUGUCACUCACAACAAGGCAACAAGGGUCCAUUUAUAUUCCCCCAGCCUGUGUACCAGGCUCAUGGCUGACACAUAACCCAUUUUAAACAUUUCUGGAGACUAAUGCAAGACGCAACAAGAUGCAGAGAUCAAGAACAACUUGUUGGAUUUGUAUCAUUUUAGGAAUUUUUCAACAUUAUAGAGUACAAUAGGAACCUUAAAUGAAAGUGCCUGAAGUACUUUACUUUUCAUUAGUAAGAAGACAACUGGGGUUUGAUUGAGCCAACGUGAUACAGUGUGACUUUUGGAUAUUAAGGUAAAAGCUUCAUAAUUGCUUUUUAUGCUGCAUGAGCAUUAUU